GUUAUAUUCAGAACAUUGUAAUAAACAUAGCCACGCUUUGGUUAUUGUUCACUAGUGUACCUGUCAGAAUAAGCACUUCAAUAUAUAAUUAUGUAGAUGAUGAUGAUAUAUAUUUUGUAGAUGUAAAUCUGUCUAGAUCUAAUACAUAUUCUGUAGAUAUGAAUCCACCUAGAUCUGAUACAAAUUCUGUAGAUGUGAAUCCUCCUGAGUCUGAUGAAUCACUUGUGUAUAAAUCAACAAAAGAAAGCAAAUUUGAUAUUUGUCAAAUUUAUUACCCUGAAGAAGCAAACAGUAAUGGUCCAAUUAUUAAAGCUACACAUGUUAUUAGUAAACGGAGGCAAAAAAAGAUAGCACAACUAUUGGUUAAAUUUAUUAUUGAAGAUUGCCAACCUCUCCAUAUUUUAUGUAGUCAAGCUUUUUAUCGGCUAUUAAAUUAUAUGGAAGUAGGGUUUCAUAUUCCUUGCAAGCAAACUGUAAAAAAAAUGAUUGACAAAGCCUAUGAUUGGAGUCAGGAUCAACUAUUUGAAAUGAUGAAUAUUGAUGGUGGAUUUGUUAAUUUAAUAACAGAUAUAUAG